UUUACACGGCGGCGCUGCGCGGGACGCGUUCUCCGUGCACGAGCAUCGCGGAUUCGCGGCAUUGCAGCGCGUUAGCGUGUGUUGUGUGGGUUUGGUUAUAAGUCUUGUGCGCGCCCGCGGCUCCAACGAUUUUACGGUCGGUGUCCGUCGCUUCGGGUCGGCGAUUGAAUCGGCGAGGCAACUCGUAGCCGCGGCACCGGCGCGCCAAUUCACGAGGAACCGGGGCGAGGGAAGAUGUGAUUAACGCCGUGGCCGCCUGCGCGUUCCUCUGAAUGUUUUGUUCCCCCGCCCGCUUGCGUCGCAGACGUUGAUUAUAAUUUUCGGCGUUGUAGCAGGAGAGAAGGUACCCGUGGCCGCGCGCGUGAGUAGAAAUCCAAUCGCCGAAUCAUGGCGAACGUGUCCCUCGACAAGGAUAUGUUUUUCCGGCGCAUGAAGCGCCUGUACGCCGCGUGGAAGGAGGGGGAGGUCGGUACUGACGACAGCUUCAGCAAAAUGGACUGCCUCGUUUCCGCCGUUGGCACCGACGAAGAUAUCGUCUACAGCAAGUCCAUAGCGCUGCAGACAUGGCUGCUUAGCUACGAGCUCACGGAUACUAUAAUGAUACUGGCAGAAGAGUCCAUCAAUUUCUUGGCAAGCAAGAAGAAGAUCGAAUUUCUGAAAAAGGUGGAAAAUCAGAAUUCCGAAGAUACGGGAGUACCGCCGGUGAAAUUGUUUGUGAGAGACAGGAGUGACGAGGACAAGGCAAAUUUUGGAAAACUCAUUGAAGUGAUGAAGCAGAGCAAAGGAGGGAAAAUUUUGGGAGUGUUCUCGAAGGAAAAUUAUCCAGGCGCCUUCAUGGACGCCUGGAGGGCCGCUUUAAAGAACGAAUCUUUCGACACGGUUGAUGUGAGUGCCGCAGCUGCUUAUGUCAUGUCCCCAAAGGAAGACAGCGAGAUUAUUACUAUAAAGAAAGCUUGUAUGAUUUCUGUGGAUGUUUUCACCAAGUAUCUUAAAGAUCAGAUAAUGGAAAUCAUAGAUUCAGACAAGAAAGUCAAACACUCGAAGCUGGCGGAAGGUGUAGAUACAGCUAUCACUAAUAAGAAGUAUGUAACUGGAGUAGAUGUUACGCAGGUAGAUAUGUGUUACCCCGCAAUUAUACAAAGCGGUGGAAAUUAUUCGCUUAAAUUCAGCGCCGUUAGCGACAAAAAUACCGCUCUUCACUUUGGUGUUAUUGUUUGUUCAUUGGGAGCGCGUUACAAAUCCUACUGUUCAAACAUAGUGAGAACUUUGUUGGUUAAUCCCACGAAAACGAUUGAGGAAAACUAUAAUUUUUUGUUACAACUGGAAGAAGAGAUCUUGAAAAAGUUAGUUGCGGGAACAAAAAUAAGUGAAGUAUAUGAGGCUGGUAUUAAAUUUGUGAAAGAUGAGAAAUCAGAAAUGUUGAAUCACUUAACUAAGAAUUUUGGAUUUGCCAUGGGCAUUGAAUUCAAAGAGAGUUCGUUGCUACUGGGUCCGAAAAUUCACGCAACAGCCAAGAAGGGCAUGGUAUUUAAUGUUAAUGUCGGCCUGGCAAAUCUUGCCAAUCCAGACGCAACGGAGAAGGAGGGAAAGACAUACGCCCUUUUUAUAGGCGAUACAGUUAUAGUGAAUGAAGGCCAACCCGCCACUAUUUUAACGAUGUCGAAGAAGAAGGUGAAAAAUAUAGGCAUAUAUGUGAAAGACGAGGAGGAUGAAGAGGAGGAGGGAAGCGGAAAAGAAAAUGAACCAAAGCCAGAGAUCUUGGGACGUGGUAAGAGAACGGCUGUAAUAGAAUCUAAAUUGCGAACGGAACAUAGCUCGGAAGAGAAGAGAAAGCAGCAUCAAAAAGAACUGGCUCAACAAUUGAAUGAAAUUGCUAAGGCUCGAUUGGCUCAGCAGUCUGGCGGUAAGGAGCAGGAGAAGAUACGUAAAUCAACAGUAUCUUACAAAAGCCUUAGUCAUAUGCCACGUGAACCGGAAGUCAAGGAAUUGAAGUUGUAUGUGGAUAAGAAAUAUGAAACUGUGAUUUUACCUAUCGCUGGUAUCCCAGUACCUUUCCACAUAUCAACAAUCAAGAAUAUUUCACAGUCAGUAGAAGGAGAUUAUACGUAUCUUAGAAUAAACUUCUUUCAUCCUGGUGCAACCAUGGGACGAAACGAAGGUGGAUCUUACCCUCAGCCUGACGCAACAUUUGUCAAGGAGGUAACAUAUCGAAGCACAAAUACCAAAGAGCCUGGCGAGAUCUCCGCACCGUCGUCGAACUUGAAUACAGCCUUUAGGCUGAUUAAAGAGGUCCAGAAAAAGUUCAAAAAUCGGGAGGCGGAGGAAAGAGAAAAGGAGGAUCUUGUGAAGCAAGACACCUUAAUAUUGUCGCAGAACAAGGGCAAUCCGAAGUUGAAAGACUUGUACAUCCGGCCGAAUAUCGUUUCGAAAAGAAUGACCGGUGGUCUAGAAGCGCACACAAACGGAUUCCGCUAUACUUCGGUCCGCGGCGACAAAGUGGACAUUCUUUAUAAUAACAUUAAGAACGCUUUCUUCCAGCCGUGCGACGGUGAAAUGAUCAUACUGCUUCAUUUCCAUUUAAAACAUGCUAUUAUGUUUGGUAAAAAGAAACAUGUGGACGUACAGUUCUAUACCGAAGUUGGAGAGAUUACUACAGAUUUAGGCAAGCAUCAACACAUGCAUGAUCGCGACGAUCUCGCGGCUGAACAGUCUGAACGAGAACUGAGACAUAAAUUAAAAACCGCUUUUAGAAGCUUUUGUGAAAAGGUUGAAGGAAUGACAAAACAAGAGAUAGAAUUUGACACACCAUUUCGGGACUUGGGAUUUCCUGGUGCACCAUACAGGAGCACUGUCCUGCUUCAACCAACAAGUGGAUGUUUGGUUAAUCUCACAGAAUGGCCUCCAUUUGUCAUUACUUUGGAAGAUGUUGAAUUGGUUCAUUUUGAGAGAGUACAAUUCCACCUAAAGAACUUCGAUAUGAUUUUCGUUUUCAAAGAUUAUCAUAGAAAGGUAGCGAUGGUAAAUGCCAUUCCUAUGAACAUGUUGGAUCAUGUGAAGGAAUGGUUAAAUUCGUGUGACAUUCGAUAUUCGGAAGGUGUCCAGUCUUUGAAUUGGACAAAGAUUAUGAAGACCAUAACUGAUGAUCCUGAAGGAUUCUUUGAAAGUGGAGGAUGGACGUUCUUGGAUCCAGAAAGUGAUGCUGAAAAUGAAGAAGUUGAAGAUGAAGAAGAGGAAGAAGAUGAUGCAUAUGAGCCAUCUGAUAUGGAGAGCGAGGAAGAAUCUGAUGACGAAUCUGAAUAUUCCGAAGCUUCUGAAGAUAGUGAUAGUGAAGAAGAAGAGCUAGGUAGCUCUGAGGAAUCAGGAAAAGAUUGGUCGGAUUUGGAAAGAGAAGCGGCUGAGGAAGACAAAGAAAGGGGAGAUGAUCGUUAUCGUGACGAUUAUAGUUCCAGUAAAAAGAAGAAAGCUAACCGAAGACAAUCGUCUCCUUCAAAAGACAGACAUAAUUCUAAGCACAAGAGUUCCACAAACUCAAAGAAUAAAAGUCCAUCCAAGGAUAAACGUUCAUCGGACAAACAUAGAACGGAUCGAUCACGGAGUGGGGGCUCACACAAGAAGGGGUCUCCUUCCAAAUCAUCCAAACACAGUCCCAAAAAGAGCGAUAGACAUGAUAAACAUGUUAAGAGUACAUCACAUUCUUCGUCCAGCAGUAAGAAGCGUGCUCGUGAACAGAGCUCGGAAAGAAGUGACAGAGGAUCUAAGAGAUCUAAGAAGUAAAUAAAAAGCAUCUGCACACUGAGAAAACGACACACGAAAUUACAGUGAAUAUCACGCUGAUUCCAAGUACAUAAAGCUUUCUUAAAACAUAGCAAUUUGUAAGAAUAGUACAUUUUCUUGCAUUAAGUGAACAGAGCAGAAACGAAUCAAUUAGUGUUAUGUUGAAUAAUUGUUUUUUGCCGUUCGAGUAUUUAGUUUGUUGUAGUAUAUAACUCCACUUAAAACAAUGUAUUGACAUCCUCAUAUUUCUAUUUAAAAUUUCACUGUACAUAAUAAACUUUUGUACUGAAAUCAAAAUAUGUAGGGAUGUGUGCGUAUUGUAUUUAAAUUUUGUUAUAUUUCUUCAACAAAGUAUCGGGAAGGAUAUACGAUUUUACCUUUUGUCUUUUUGUUUUGCUUCUUUAAUAUUUAAUAUAGUUUCUAAGAUUAAGUACAUCUCAUUCCAUUUCCUAUUUGAUAAGAGGACUUUCACUAUAAAUGUAUACGUCUCGCCUAAGUUUUCUAUGACGCAAGGUAUAAAGACAAAUGAAUUAAUGAGAUAAAUUUGGAGUAUCUUUGUAAAGAUGCAUUGAUUUAGAAAAAGCUGUCUCGUGACUCGCCGUGAUAUUUCAGAAUGUAUGGGAGAUACUCAAAUUUAGGUCUGUACUGGUAAGAAAUAUAAUAUUGAACAGCAUUAAUAUAUAAGCAUUUCUCAUUGAGCUUAAUUAUUAUGGGCAGUAAAGAAAAUAACAAUAGAAAUGCAAGACAAUGUACUACUACUAAUAAAUGCGAUUCAUCAUGUUACAUGGGUCCUGAUAGUCUUUCUUGAUACUUACUAAAAAUGCAAAAUUUCUUAAAAAAUUUUUUACGAUUGGAUUAAGUACUAUAAUAUUUAAUAUUAUUUGAGAAAAUUACGUCUUAUUAUACAUAAUGACUUUAUAUAUGCUUUGGGUAUCCAGAGCGGUGAAUAUACGCUUACAAUUCCCCCUCCUCGAGCCAAUGCAUAUAUUAUGUGUGUACGCUGAGAAACGAAAGUAUCAUUGAUUCGAGAGACGAAGAAAGCUGAAAUGAAUCAGAAAUUAUUCAAAACUCAUUUACAUAGUUCUCAGAUUUGUACUAUAACACAAUAAACCCGUUUUAAGUUAUUUAACAUUAAUGUACAAAUGUCAUUUGUGGUUUUUGUAUUCCAAAAUGUACGUAAUGUUGAUAUAUGAAAA